AAUCACUCAUGAAUAAACCUAACAUUCAAAAAGCUCACAAAAGCCACAACCUCUUUUCUAGCUAGCUUAAACCGUACACCUAUAGUUUGCUAAUAACUCAAUAGCUAUAUGGCUGAGAGACAAGACAGUGAACAAGAGUACAUAUUUAGAAAUGUUCAACUGUUCAAGAAUGAUACACUUGGUACUGGCUCCUAUGGGGCAGUGUGUAAAGCCAAGUGUGACCAGCUACUCUGUGCUGCCAAGCUACUCUAUCCAGUGCUUUUUCAAAUGGCUGUUCCUGAUCCUGGCAAAGAACAUAGACACCCGUUUAGAAGAUUUGAAACAGAGUGUGCAUUUCUGAAACGUAUCAACCACCCCAACAUUGUACAGUACUUGGGGACCUAUCGCGAUCCCGACACAAAUGCACCAGUUCUUCUUAUGGAGCUCAUGGACGAGAGUCUGACACACUUCCUAGAGUCAUCACCUGGAGACAUUCCCUACCACAUCCAAGUCAACCUCUCCUAUGACAUAACUCAAGCACUUGCCUUUCUCCACUCCAAUGGGAUCAUCCACCGCGACCUCUCCAGCAACAAUGUCCUACUCAUUGCAGGCACUCGAGCCAAACUCACCGAUUUUGGAAUGUCCAAAUUCAUGGACAUAAACACCACCCGACUAGCCACAAUGACCACAUGCCCGGGAACACCAGCCUUCAUGUCACCCGAGGCACUAAACGAGCCACCAGUGUACACAGAGAAACUAGACACCUUCUCAUUUGGUGUGCUUCUAGUUCAGACUAUAACUCGAAAAUUUCCAAAACCAACAGAUCGAUUUGACACUGUUCAACUUCCUGAUCCAAGAAGUCCAUCUCGCACAGUUGAAGCUAAAUUGCCAAUUUCAGAACUGAUAAGACGGGAAGCCCACAUGAGCCUGAUUGAGCCCACCCACCCUCUACUGCUGAUUGCUCAUCACUGCCUCGAAGACAGAGAUGUUGAACGGCCAUCUUCCCAACAGCUUUGCCAAACACUGGAUGCUCUCAAGAGGACACCACAAUACCAGGAAAGCUCCCAAAAAGACCUAGACCAGAUGCUCAGAGAGAAAGAUGAACAACUACUAAGAAAACAACAAAUUAUAACAGAAAAUCAAGAGCAAAUACAAUUGAGCGAACAAAAUAUAACAGAAAAAAACGAACAACUGCAAGAAAGUCAACAGCUUAUAACGGAAAAAGAGACACAGCUACAUUCAAAUCAAGAGACAAUAACACAAAACAACGAACACUUACACACCAAGGAUAUUGAAAACCAAACUUUUCGACAGGACAAAGCAACCCUUCAACAUGAGGCUGAAGCCAGGGAGAGACAGCUGAGGAGACUCAACCAGGAGUUGCAAUCCAGUGAGGAGAACAUUACUGCCCUCCAACAAUCCAUUGAUCAACGAGACAGAGAAGUGACUGACCUGAGACAAACGUUGGCAAGCAAGAACGACAAAAUUCACUAUUUAUCGACUCGAAUGCAUCAAGUUGCACUGCAAGAAGAACAAGCUACAAUAAUGAAACCUGUUACAAUAGAGUCACUACCUGAUGCACCUGAUACUAUGGGGCAUGGAUCAUCAGCUGUGAUUGGAGACAAGGCAUACUUUAAUUCAUACGGAAGUAAAACUGUUUAUGAGUUCAGCAACAAUCAAUGGCACAAGUUACCACGAUGCCCUAAUAAGAACUUCACUAUUGUCAGUGUUGAUGACAUGCUCACAACUGUGGGGGGAUAUUCAGACACACCAGGCUAUAGUAACAAACUCUACAGCUAUAUUAACAACAAAUGGGUCGAACACUUCCCUCCCAUGCCAACUAGACGGUGGGGACCUGGAGCUGUGUGCGCUAACAACACACUUGUAGUGACUGGAGGAUAUUGCGAUUCAAAACAUACAGUCGAGAUAUUAAACACUGCUCUCAUGCGAUGGUCUAUUGCUGCCUCACUACCUGUGCGAACCGAUGACCUAUCAACAACGAUCUGUGGAGACUAUGUGUACAUACACCCACGAGCUGAGAAGAAGUAUUCAGUGUACAAAUGCUCAUUAAGACAACUAACUCAGUCGCAGCUAAGCUCAGCUAUAUGGGAGAAGAUUGCCCCUUUACCAGUUAGUGACUCCUCUCUCGUUACCAUCAAUGGCCACCUGCUGGCGGUGGGUGGGAGGGACUCCAAUAGAGAUAAGACUAAGGACAUACAUCAGUAUAGCGAGACAUCAUUGACUGUCAUUAGUCAAAUGUCAAUACCUCGAUCAUCAUGCCACACUGUUGCCCUCCCUGGGAACAAACUGAUGGUGGUGGGUGGAUAUGGUGCACCGACAAAAUGUGAAAUAGUUACUUUUGUAUAGUUACUGUACUGUACCUCGUAACUUGUUUUUUGUGUGUUUUAUUAUGCUUAAAAAAAUUA